AUGGCAAAUGCUACGAAAGUUGCUGAGAUUUUUGAUCAUGCCGCCCUUGCUUUUGGAAAACUUGCAUAUCUGACUCUUGAAUUAAAGCAAGCUCAGGCACAUACAAAUGAGACGGAAAGCAAACCGUCUUGCAAGUGGUCUAAUAGGGAAAUUGAGCUUUUAAAAGAUUCAAUAAUUCGCUUUGGAAAUGAUUUGGCUAAGAUUUCGGAGAUAAUAGAAACAAAGACAACAAAUCAAAUCAAAGCUAAAAUGAGAAAUAAGGCCUUUCAGACAGAAAAGGGUCGUCGUAAACAAAGACUCGGUGAAGUUUUAGACGACCAGCCAUUUAAGAGAGUACGUUAUCAGGAAACAACUGAGACCCCUAGUGGUGCUGUUCCUGCUCGCGACCGAAGCCAAUUUUCAGGGCCCUCAACUAAUGCACCAACGCUGGAUGAUCCUUGUGGUGAGCUUUGA